AAAACUCAGCAGUUACUCUUCUAAUAGAGAAUGAAGAGAUCUGUAAGGAAUCAGAUGGCUGUUGCGGGUAGUGAUAGGCCAAUAAGCACUUGCGGGGAAUAUGAUAGACCUGUACCACCUUCCACAUGGGAACCAACAAGGACUUCUGAUAGUGCCCCUCCUAUUUUAGCAAAAAAUGCCUCUCCUUAUAACUGUAUUCCUAUUCAGACAACAAAUCUUAAAAAGAAUUUUCUCAGAAUCUCUCUUUUAGAAGGAUUAAAACAGCCACGUGAAAGACCAAGCUCUGUAAAUGGGUUCAUAUCCAAGUGCUUCAAAACAUAUCCUGAGAAAUCUAAGAUAUUAGUCCAACCAUCUCCACAAUGUAUCCUGAAAGAAGAAGAAACAGUUAGCCUAAGUGAUCUGUUGGCCAGGAUUGAAUCUAUGAAUAGAGCUAUGAAGCGUAAGAAACGUAAAAACUGUGCAUCUCUCAGUGAGGCCUUCAAUUUACCCAGUGUUUCCACAUGCGUGCAUGAUGACAUUCCUUGGCUUCAGAUGCAGUACAAAGGCAAAGCAUACCAGGACUGGAGAGGGGAGGUAUCACAGAAACCUUUAAAUGCGCAAAAACAAGCGAAGCAAAAGAGGCCAAUAAUAAAAGAAUCGGACAAGGAGAUGACAACAGAUUUACAAGAUGACAAAUUAAAGAAAGCUGUAACUAUUGCUCCUGAAUCACAAAGGAAGAUUAGCAGUGGAAAAUGUAUUGUCAUUAAAACUCAGGAAAAGGUCAAAAGAAUUGGACCACACUUAGAAGUCUUUGAGGCUUUUCAUGCCAGAAAGGACCCUAGCUGCAGAAAAGUAAUUAGAGCAUCCAUUUAUAUUCAGAAAUAUGUCAGAGGAUGGCUUGAACGUACCAGAUUCAACAGAAUAAAGACCAAGGCUAAAAGUCAUGGACCAUCCCUUUUAGCGGUUGUAAAGGACUACCGUAAAAUGAUGAAUCGCAUUCAACGUCGAGCUGGUGUUUUGAAUCCAUCCACACCACUACGGUAUUCAGAACUAGAGGAGUGGUUGGACAAGAAAAAAUUUUAUGAAACAAUGUUUGCCAAGAGGGAGUUCUGGAAAGAGAUGGAUAAAAAUGAUCUGCAGGCAUUUUUCAAAGACUGUGGACAAUUACUACCCCAGCAGCAAAUAGAUAAGGUUUUGCAUCUGGUCUGUCCAGGUCACACUUCUGAAGUAACAACCAUCAAGCAGCAUCAAGCACUCGAAAUGGCUUUCACACUAUAUCCUCCUGCUGGUGCAAAGCAGAGUACUGUAGGUCCUGUAAGGUCAACCUGGGUGCAACCGAUAGUGGAUGGAGAAGAUGGAUACAUAUAUUUAGUGAGUGGACAUCCAGCAUUAAAGGCAGCUGACAUUCGAGUGACAGGAGAAUUAGUAGCGUCAUCAAUGAGAGAGUGGAAAAUGAAAAACCUUUCUGCUCAGAAUUAGUAGCGAUGAUGGAUGGAAAGUAGCCGACAGUCUUUAAAUGUCAAAUUCUUCUGCAGGUGUCCAAAAGCAAGGAGUUUGACUGUAAGAAUUCUGUUACAGGCACAAGAGAAACAAAACUACUACAUCUGUGUAUACACAAUACAUAGAAAUUCUACAAGCUGACAAACAUCAUCAGUUAGGCGCUUAAAGCUAUUUUUUUGAAAAUCCAGUAAGCUAUGUUACUCAGGCUCUAUUUCUGAAGCAUAUAUGUUGGUGUGCAUGUCACAGGAUAUAUGGUAACAGUAUAGGAAGCAUGUACAAAUGCUUUAAAGGAACAAACCAACACAAUAAAAUCUUCACA